AGGAGGGACCCGCCAGAGAGCCGCCGGCAGAACUCGCGGACGCACGCCAUUAAGGCAUCCUCCGCCCUUCCUUCGGCCUGCUGCCGAGCUCCGUGGCGGCCCCGGGAAAGUUGCUGCUCCUGGAUCAGCCACCCGUGAGCAAGCGUCGUGGUGCGGUGGCCCGAGCCCUGGAUUGGACCUAGAGCCAACAGCGCGGACCCUUCCCUGCCUAACGCGUGAAUUGGGCCAAACUCAAGUUUCCACCAUGGCAGUGCCGGAGUCACGCCCCAACCACACCAUUUACAUCAAUAACCUCAAUGAGAAGAUAAAGAAGGAUGAAUUGAAGAAGUCCCUCUAUGCCAUCUUCUCACAGUUUGGCCAGAUCCUGGACAUUCUGGUGUCGAGGAGCCUGAAGAUGAGGGGCCAGGCUUUUGUCAUCUUCAAGGAGAUCAGCAGCGCCACCAACGCUCUGCGAUCCAUGCAGGGCUUUCCCUUUUACGACAAGCCUAUGAGAAUCCAGUAUGCCAAGUCAGACUCAGACAUCAUUGCCAAGAUGAAGGGCACCUAUGUGGAGCGUGACCGGAAGAGGGAGAAGAGAAAACCCAAGGGCCAAGAAACACCAGCGGUCAAGAAGGCUGUUCCAGGUGGGGCAGCGGCUCCAGUUGUGGCCGCUGUGCAGCCAGUACCAGGAAUGCCACCCAUGACCCAGGCCCCCCGCAUCAUGCACCAUCUUCCAGGGCAGCCACCGUAUAUGCCCCCUCCAGGGAUGAUCCCUCCACCUGGCCUGGCCCCUGGACAGAUCCCACCUGGUGCCAUGCCCCCGCAGCAGAUGAUGCCUGGACAGAUGCCACCUGCUCAGCCGUUGUCUGAAAACCCCCCCAACCAUAUCCUGUUUCUCACCAACCUGCCAGAGGAGACCAAUGAGCUCAUGCUAUCUAUGCUCUUCAAUCAGUUCCCUGGCUUCAAAGAGGUGCGUCUGGUGCCCGGGCGCCAUGACAUUGCCUUUGUGGAGUUUGACAAUGAAGUGCAGGCCGGGGCUGCCCGGGACGCCCUGCAGGGCUUCAAGAUCACCCAGAACAACGCUAUGAAGAUCUCUUUUGCCAAGAAAUAGCCCUGCCCCUGCCGCUCCCCUCUGCUCCCCCUUCCUCCCCUCUUUCCUUCCAGGGUGGCCCUCCCCCUGCUCCUCUGCUUGGGGCUGUUGUACCCGGAAGGUAAGUCCCCACUCCCCUUUGUCCUGUUGGCAUGAGUAUGCGUGGGUCUCAGCAUUGUACCCAGAGUCUGCCCUACAGACAUUGCACCUGGAGCUGUGGGCCAGAAAUAAAAGGUCGGAGACCUUGGUUGU